CGGUGAGUUGCGACAAUAGCUAUUAUGUGACCACAAUAGCUAUUGUGCGCCCCGCUGCCUCUGCUUUCAACCUCUUUCGCUUCGAGCCACCGCCUGCAACCGUCGCUUUUCACUUCCACCACCACGCAACGAGCUUCCACCAGUUCGGAUUGUCUCACGCCUCCACCGAGUACCUACCUUCGACUCAGCGCAGCCCCCGCCAUGGCCUUCCUGCGCAAUAUCAGCGACCGCUUCUGGGGCCUGGUCUCCCCUCGCAAGACCCAACAGCGCCGCGACAAACCCUUCAAAGCCCUUCCGACGCCGCGCAAGUCUGUUCCACGCUCCAGCUUCAAUCCUCGCUCCAUGAGCCCAGCGACCCGAGUGAACAGCUGGAACAUGAAUCCCACUUCACCCAGCCUUAUCGAUAGUGACGACCUCGACCGAUCUCUGACCCCAACCUCCCUAGAGAGACCGUACACCGACUUCGAGGGGGAUACGCUGAUCGAUCAGCUUAUGGAAGAGAUUCCAGAGGAAGAUGCCUGGGACGCCAAUGAAGAGACCAUUGUCGUCGACGAUGGGGACUAUGAGCUGAACAAGGCCGCCCACGAUGAUAUCGCCGAACGCAAGAGAAGGGAAGAGGAGGUUGUUGAGCUUCGUGCGACCGGUUGGGCUGAAGAUGCCGUCUUCGUCUACCAGAAGGUCAAGCUGAGAGGCUUCGAGCCGCUCAUGCCGAAAUCGUGGGCCUCGGACUUCGACAUGAUGCCAUCCAAUCUUUUCACCAACCAUCGUCACGAAGCUUUCAUCAAGCCUGCUCUCGGGAGCAACUUCAGAGGCACGAAAGCGCUCAAAGCUCUUCUUGAGCUCGGUCCGAGAACCCGCGACUCGAUCAUAUCCAAAGCUGCCCAGCGCACUCCCGAAGACAUCAUCCGUCGUGGCGUCUGGUCCUACCUCAAAUGGGCUACUACUGAUGGAAAGGUAGAUGGGGCCUGGAACCUCCCAAUCCUUGCCUUCGAGUCGGGGCCGAAAAACAUGCCCACGGCGAAGCUUCACAGCAACAUGCUCGCACGGCUGAGCUACAUGGGAUCUCAGUUCAAAGACGCGUUCCGUAUUCGCUCGAGUGUCGAGCGGGACGAAGAUGGCGCCGAGUCCGUCGAGCCGCCGAGUGAGGAAGAGUUCACCUGCAAGCUACCGACUCUGUACGGCGUCAUUGUGAGUCACACUGUCAUGGCCUUCGUCUGCUACGACAUCUUAGCUCUGUGGCCGUCUCUUCGCAUGGUCGCCAUUUUCGACUAUGGCCAAGACGACUACGAUGUCUGGAACAGUCUGGCGGUCGCGAUCCUAGUCAUUCACUGCCGCAACAAGAUGAUGGAGUUGGCUCCUAUGUUGUCGACGUUUUCAAGCGGCACCGAGAGUGACCCCGAUGCUUGAGCCUUCAGUCCCAUAUUAGAAGGUCACGUGGGGAUGAUUUACGAGGAUUGCUUUGCGGUGUUUUCGGCGUUAUUACAUAUACCCCUUGGGCUCAAACACCAGGACUUUCGGAUGAGGAGGAUUCUCAAUUAGCUUCCUAUUUCCUUUCGUUGCUGGUCAAUCAAGCACUUGAUUUCGGUCAGGGGACACUGGGCUUGUUGUCUCGAUUAUAUCACAACAGAAUGGAAGCAGAGCGGUACUUUGGCUCAGGCCAUCGAUUAGGUACAGUAAUCAAUAUAUUUUCGAUGCAAAAGCUGGAAAAUUUAGUGACCUUCGGAUGUGAAGCCUGUUAUUAGGUAAUCGCCUUUGCGGCUCAAGAUCUUGCAUCGCGCAUCCACGUGGUGGGGCGUAAUGCGGCACAUCGCCGGCAGCGUCCGAGAUGGGCUUGUUGACAUCACCAUUCGCAUCC